AUGGGGGUCCCUCGGCCCUGGGGGCUCGGCGUGCUGCUGCUGCUCCUGCCCGGGACGCGGGGCGCAGACAGUCGCCUCGCCCUCCUGUACCACCUCACUGCUGUGUCGGCCCCUGCUCCGGGGACUCCUGCCUUCUGGGCCACGGGCUGGCUGGGCCCACAGCAGUACCUGCGCUACAGCAACGUGCGGUCCGAGGCUGAACCGUGUGGGGCGUGGAUCUGGGAAGACCAGGUGUCCUGGUAUUGGGAGAAGGAGACCACCGACCUGCGGAGCAAGGAGAAGCUCUUCCUGGAAGCUCUCGGCGUCCUGGGGAGAGAUGAGCCCCUGACCCUUCAGGGACUGCUUGGCUGUGAGCUGGGCCCAGACAACGUCUCAAUACCCACGGCCAAGUUUGCCCUGAAUGGCGAGGAGUUCAUGACCUUCCUCCCCAAGCCGGGGGAGUGGAGUGGGGAGUGGCCUGAGGUGGCAGCCAUCAAGAACCUGUGGAUGAAGGAGGACGAGGUGGUCAACAAGGAGAGAGCCUUCCUGCUCAGCUCCUGUCCCCAGCGGCUGCUGGGCCACCUGGAGAGAGGCCGCGGGAACCUCGAAUGGAAGGAGCCGCCCUCCAUGCGCCUGAAGGCGCGACCCAGCAGCCCUGGCUUCUCCGAGCUGACCUGCAGCGCCUUCUCCUUCUACCCGCCGGAGCUGCAGCUGCGCUUCCUGCGCAACGGGCUGGCCGUCGGCUCCGGGGAGGGCGACUACGGCCCGAACGGCGAUGGCUCCUUCCACGCCUGGUCAUCACUACAAGUCAAAAGCGGCGAGGAGCACCACUACCGCUGCGUCGUGCAGCACGCGGGGCUACAGCAGCCCCUCACGGUCGAGCUGGAGUCAUCAGCCAGGUCUGCAGUGCCUGUGGUUGGGAUCGUGGUCGGCAUCGUGCUGCUCAUCGCGGCAGCGACGGGAGGAGCUCUGCUGUGGAGGAGGAGGGGGGGGCUGCCAGUCCCUUGGAUCUCCUUCCGGGGCGACGAUGUCGGUGCCCUCUUGUGCAGUCCUGGCCUGCCCCAGGAGGCCGACUCUCAGGAUACAAACUCAUUGACGGGCACUGCCUGA